AUGUCUGACGCAAAGAAGCUGACUUCUAGUCGCCGACAUCAUCUGAAGAGUUUGAUGCUCCAGAUCGCCUUCAACUGGAUUGAACAGGAGAAGAAAGACCUCGAGGCAGCCAAGGUGGUCCACAUGGCUGAGACUUGCCCUAAACCAGACCUCAGCGGGGACAUGGCCAGCUUAGUGGAAAUCUGCAAAAAGCUUCAGUCAACCAUUGACAAGAUCGACGACGCUCGCUACGACGUUGAGGCCAAAGUGCUGAAGAUUGACAUUGAGAUCCAGGACUUAAAGCUAAAGGUGGUUGAGCUGGCAGGCGUGAAAAAGCCAGCGCUGAAGAAGGUGCGCAUGUCGGCCGACGCCAUGCUGCAGGCGCUGCUUGGCGGAAAGCACAAGACCACCAUUGACCUCCGGUCCAACCUGAAGCAGGUCAAAAAGGAGAUCAAGGAGGAACCAACAGAGGCAGUCGGCGACUGGCGCAAGAACAUCGAGGACAAGGCUGACAGGAAGAAGAUGUUUGAGACCUCCUAA